CCGGCACACCGCAUUCCGACACCGUCCGCUGGCACGCAAACAACUCUCGCGCUCUGCGUACCGUUCUCUUAUUGCUACCGCUGCUGCUGCCGUUGUCGCUGCUCUCUCGUCGUCGUCGUCGACUACAACACUGUUAUUUUUUAUUGUGAUUAAUUUUAUUUUCAUUCGUUUGAGAAUAAUAAUAUUCUCGUUCGUGUUACGAAUCAGUGCGAUUUCGUUUAUAUAACUCACCACUUUUGUGUUUCGCCUACAAACAGUCGUCAUCAUGUCUUCUGUCGCCACUGAAAUGCAACAACCCGUCUCCAGGACUUACCAAUACAGAAAGGUCAUGAAACCAAUGUUGGAACGCAAACGCCGCGCCCGCAUCAACCGGUGCUUGGACGAGCUCAAAGAACUUAUGGUGGUCGCCCUACAGUCCGAGGGCGAGAACGUCAGCAAACUGGAAAAGGCCGACAUUCUCGAACUCACUGUCAGACACUUGCACAAGCUUCGCCGUCAACAACGCCUUUCCGGCAACCCGGUGACCGAAAUGGACCGAUUCCGCGCGGGAUACACGCGCUGCGCCUCCGAAGUUUCCCGGUGCUUGGCCGCCACUCCCGGCCUGGACGUCACCCUGGGCGCCAACCUCAUGACUCACCUGGGCCACCGACUCAACUCCAUCCAACCGACCGGACCGACGGCGGCCGUGACCACCACCUCGCCGGCCACGCCGUUGACGCUCAACACCGACACGUCCUCGUCAUCGUCCUCGUCCUCGUCCUCGGCGUCGUCGUCGGCUUCGUCGUCGUGCUCCUCACCACCACCACCCCCGUCGCCCACCGGCAGCACUACCUCGUCGUAUCCGAUGCCACUGACGCCCAACUCGAUGGUCGGCACCGGAUGCAACACGGACUCCACUUCCACCGGACUCCUGCAAGUCGUCGACAUGUCCCUGAAAAACGACAACGCCUCCGUGUGGAGACCUUGGUAAUAAACUGAUCAUCGUGUGUACAACAACACACGCGAAAACGCACACGCACGUGCGAGCGAUAUUACCAUUUAUUAUAUAAUAUUAUUUGUCUCGAUUUGAUUAUUAUUUUUUUUUUUUCGUUAUUGCCUACCACUUAUAUUGUAUCGUUUUCUUGUUAUGUUAUACAUUUUCUGGAAAAAUCAACCAAACGCCUGUAUAACGGGACGCGGACGCAAACGGGUUUUUAUCGAACUUUUUACGCUUAUAUGAACGAAAAGAUUUUGACAUAUACGUAUAUUAAUAUGAUAUAUAUUAUUAUAAUUAUAUAUAUAUAUAUUUAUAUAGAGAGUUUUUGAUAAAUUAUUAAUUAGGCAUUUUUUUAUUCGCACGCG